GUGAACAGUCAAUUGAACAAGGGAAUAGUAUUGCAAGGUCGUCUGUAGUCCUGAAAGAACAUUUAAAGGAAUUUUAUCACUUGUGUCUCGGCGUGGUGGGAGCGCCUUGGCAUUAUGGCUGGUGGUGGGGGAGGGUCUUCUGCUGCGGCGGCGGCAGCCCUGUCGUCAGACAUAAGCCGCCGCAACCCCCAAGAUGAGUACGAACUCAUCCAACGUAUUGGGAGUGGAACCUAUGGAGAUGUUUACAAGGCGAAACGACUCAUUACAAAUGAGUUUGCAGCCAUUAAAGUCAUCAAACUGGAACCUGGUGAUGAUUUCACCAUUAUUCAGCAAGAAAUCCUCAUGAUGAAGGACUGCCGGCAUCCAAACAUAGUGGCUUACUUUGGAAGUUAUCUUCGCCGGGACAAACUCUGGAUAUGCAUGGAAUUUUGUGGUGGGGGUUCUUUGCAGGAUAUAUAUCACAUAACUGGACCUCUUCAAGAACGCCAUAUUGGUUAUAUGUGCCGUGAAACACUGCGUGGUCUUGAGUAUCUUCAUCGAAUGGGAAAAAUGCAUCGGGAUAUUAAGGGUGCUAACAUCUUGUUAACAGAAAAUGGAGAUGUUAAGCUUGCAGACUUCGGUGUUUCAGCUCAAAUCACUGCAACUAUAAGCAAAAGGAAAUCGUUUAUUGGAACUCCAUAUUGGAUGGCCCCAGAGGUUGCUGCUGUCGAAAGGAAAGGUGGAUACAAUCAGCUUUGUGAUAUAUGGGCUGUUGGAAUCACAGCUAUUGAAUUAGCAGAAUUGCAGCCUCCCAUGUUUGACCUUCAUCCAAUGCGGGCUCUGUUUCUCAUGUCCAAAAGUGGAUUCAAGCCACCAACCUUAAAAGAUAAAUCGAAGUGGACACAAAACUUCCAUAAUUUUGUAAAGUUGGCAUUAACUAAAAAUCCCAAAAGAAGACCUACUGCAGAUAAGCUUUUAAUGCAUCCAUUUGUAGCUGCAGACCUUCCAAAGUGGUUAGCGAUUGAGCUCUUACAAAAAGCUCAUAAUCCACAACACUCGUAUCCACCCGAGCUAGAGAUUGAUGAGGAAGGUGCUGUCUCUAAUGUUCCUCAACGAAUAACUUCUAGAACACCGACACGUCCUAAGCAGAGAACAAAAUCAGAACUACACAUGGAAUCUGUAAACUUUGAACCUCCUCUAGUCACAGAGCUGAAUGCAGAGCCGCCACCAGCCCGGUACCCUGCUGCUGGUCAGCCAUGGGACCCUGCAAUGGAGGAAGGAGAUAUCAGCUUAGACAACAAUGAUGUUGCUGAGAAUUGGAUGGAGAGUGAUCCAGAUACUGAAGUCAAAACCAAUCUGACCUGGACCCAGUCACUGCCUGGAGCUCGGAGGGGCCGAAGGUGUCGCAGGAACGACGACGCAAAUGGUUCAAAUGAAAAUGGUGGCUAUCUGAGACUACUUGCUGACAGUGAUAGAGACUAUGCAAAUUUACCUCCCAUGUCUUUUUCUUACCAUGCUGACAUGACUUAUUUAGAAGCACACAUCAAUGCCCCUCAGAUUCCUAUUUCACGACAUACAGAAGCGAAUAGGGAGAUAGUACAUCAGGGAAACAUUCAUGGUCACUAUGCACACAGCUACUAUUCAAAUCAUGACUACAGACAGAGGGAACAAGACAAUGAAUAUUCAUAUCUUGAUGGAAACAAUGGCUAUCACUUGCCUGAUACUGACAAUAAUGACAUGACUACAUCAUUCAUUUUGAAGGAAGAGGAGAUACCUUACCAUGAUCCUACCUGUACAGUUACUAACUGUCAAAGACCCAGCUGUCUCAUACCAGACUAUACGGAUGAUACAACUAUUCCUUAUCAUUCAUUAGCCUCUUAUGACAAUGCUGACCCAGUUACUGAAAAACCAGCUAGGUCUCGAUCACGUUCAAGACACCACAAAAGACAUCGUCAUCGUUCAAAGAGUGAUAUGGGCUCUUUAAAUGCCUCCCAGCCAUCAUCUACAGCAUUCCGAGAUGGGCAGGAAGCCCAUUCAUCUGCUGAAGGGAUACCAGAUACCCUUAGGAAGGAGAGACGGCCUCUUUCAGGCUCAGAUGUUCUACGAAUGUCUCCAAGGAGCCUAUUGCAGUAUAUUGAUGAAGAGUUGAGAAUGAGGGGGCACAGCGAUCGUCUCUCUGACUUGGACGUGGACAUGACCUACUCCUCGCAAGCUACCUUACCGGUGGGAUUGGAUGAGACCUCUCUUAGUGAAGCUAGUCAGGCCUUAGAUGAGGCCAAUCAUAACAGGUACAGUCAGUCUUCGCCAUGUCGGGAAAGAGGACAUGCUCGAAGGCAUUCUAGUGCAGAUGCUCACCAAGAAGAUGGAGAGGAACUCACGGAUCAAACUGCAACCUUAACUUUAACGCCAGGAACUUCUCGUGCUCGUGCUCAAAGUGAUAGUCAGCAUAAUAGAAGACGAGAUGCUACCAAAGAAAAUGGACAAGGAAGUGGAGGUGAGGAAGAUGGUAGUGGGACUCCUCCUGUCCCUCCUCGAAGGAAAGACAAAAGAAGACACAACACUCCCCCAAGACCUCAGUCCAAUGGUCUUCCACCUACUCCAAAAGUGCACAUGGGAGCUUGUUUUUCUAAGGUAUUCAAGGUUUGUCCUCUACACAUCCACUGUACUGCCUCAUGGAUACAUCCAGACACUCGGGAUCAGCAUAUCCUUAUUGGAGCUGAGGAGGGAAUAUACACCUUAAACCUUAAUGAAUUACAUGAAGCUGCCAUGGAGCAGUUAUUGCCAGCUAGAACCACUUGGAUGUUUGUGAUAAAAGACGUGCUCAUGACAAUAUCAGGAAAGGGUCCAUACCUGUAUAGACAUGAGUUAAUUGGUCUUCAUAAUCGUCACUUGCAUAAAUUUUCUUUACCUAUGAAUAAGAUUCCUGAAAAGUUUCUUCCUAGAAAGUAUGCAAUUACGACUAAGGUUCCAGACACAAAGGGCACCUUGAGAUGUUGUGUGGGCCGUAAUCCUUAUAAUGGCUACAAGUACCUGUGUGGUGCCACAAAUACUUCAUUGUACCUGAUGCAGUGGUAUGAUCCACUCAACAAAUUUAUGCUUCUCAAGCAAAGUGAGUGUUAUUUGCCGCAUCCAUUAAGAGUUUUUGAGAUGGUAAUAACGCCAGACCUAGAGUACCCAUUAAUGUGUGUAGAUGUAACUCGUAGUUACGGGACAGAGGACAUUCUCCGACACAACCUAAUCAACCUCAAUACGGGUACCACCUGGAUUCCUGAUGACGAUGAUGACAUGGAUGGAAUGGCUACUGUUAUUCCAAGACACAACCUCAAUGUAAAAAAUGUUACUCAAAUAGAAAAAGAUGCCAUUCUAGUCUGUUUUGGAAAUCUUGUAAGAGUAGUCAAUUUACAAGGGAGAAUAAAGGAAAGGAAAAAACAAACAUCUGAACUCAAAUUUGACUUCAAUGUAGAUUCUAUAGUAUGUUUAACUGAUAGUGUAUUAGCAUUUCAUGAACAUGGAAUGCAGGGACGAAGUUUCAAGAGUGAAAUAACACAAGAGAUUAUCGACAAUUCAAGAAUAUUCAGAUUACUAGGUUCUGACAGGCAUAUACGGGAUUCAUUUCAGCUGGACAAUGUUCCCAGAGUUAUCUCGGUUGCUUCCCGAUAGCACUCUCUGAUCAGCUGCAGAAACAUGGAAGUACGAGAUAGCGAACAAGGCGUCAACCUUUAUGUUCUUGCCGGACAUGAAAAUAGUUACUGAGGAGUAAAUAAGCAUAAGCGUCUACAAUUAUUACAUAAAGUCUCCUGAGGAUAGUUGAGUAAGCCAUAGUCCGAUUAUUCAAAAAUCAUGUUUUGUCCUGUUUUGUUUUUAGGGUAUUCAUACAGAUGUUGGCAUGUUACAAAUUUAUUUAUUUUUGGCAUGCAU